AUGAGUGGGGACGGCGUCAACAGAGAAGACGAUGGCCUUUCCCCGCCGCAAGACGCGCAGGCUGUUAUGCAGGCUUCUUCCGCGUCGAAACGACGGCGCCGCCCGCAGCGGGCGAGCAACCCCGCCAGGCUACGGCUCAGCGAGCUGCUGUCGAAUAACUUGGUCUCCGCCGGGAAAUUCGCGACGGGGAGGACCAUCGACCCCCGCAAGCCUGACCCAUCCAUGCCGCAAGCCUGCAUGCCGAGAAUAAAGCACAAGGCGAUGUCCGCCUCCCUGACGCUUCCCCUGGGCGGGCGGCAGGCCGAGAAGCUGAAGGCGGCCCAGGUCAACGCCGGGCAGGAGCGGGACGUCAACGUGGACGGAGUCCCGGAGAAGAGGCUGCCUUGGGCGGUGCGGCCGGAUGUUGAUUUCAAAAUCGUAAACCACAAGGCGUGGUCCACCGGAGUCGUGGCCCCCGUGGUUGCCCAGGUCAAGGAGGCGCUGGGAUUCGGGGAGUGGGAGGUGGAAGCGUCCCUGAGCGAGAUGCUUCUUUGCGAGGAAGACUGCUUCUACAGGUGGGGGUCGCAACAGCACUGA